GGAGGCGGCGGGGAGGGGAGAGCGAGCCAGGGCUGGCGAGCGGGGAAGGGAGGAAGGAAGCGGGCGAGGGGGAGGGAGGGCCCUGUUUUGGAGGAGCCGAGCGCGUCGUCGGCCCCUGAAGUGGAGCGAGAGGGAGGCGCUUCGGCGUCGCUCGUGCCGGGGGAGGUCCCGGCUUCCCGCGGAGGCUGCCCGGGACCCAGCCCCUUCCCCUGCUCGCUCCGGGUCGAUGUGCUGCGGCUAACGCGUGCGGCGGCGGCGGCGGCGGCGGCGUCAGCGGAAGAUGGUGUUGCUCCGAGAGUUCAUCCUGCUCCUGUCCUGGGCGGCGGGGCUGGGAGGUCAGUAUGGGAAUCCUUUAAAUAAAUACAUUAGGCAUUAUGAAGGAUUGUCUUAUGACGUGGAUUCAUUACACCAGAAACACCAGCGUGCCAAAAGAGCAGUUUCCCACGAGGACCAAUUUUUACGCCUAAAUUUCCAUGCCCAUGGGAGACAUUUCAACUUGCGAAUGAAGAGGGACACUUCCCUUUUCAGUGAUGAUUUUAAAGUAGAAACAGCAAAUAAAGUACUUGACUAUGAUACCUCUCAUAUUUACACUGGACAUAUUUUUGGUGAAGAAGGAACCUUUAGCCAUGGGUCUGUUAUUGAUGGAAGAUUUGAAGGAUUCAUCCAGACUCGUGGUGGCACAUUUUAUAUUGAGCCAGCAGAGCGAUAUAUUAAAGACAGAAUGCUGCCAUUUCACUCCGUCAUUUAUCAUGAAGAUGAUAUUAACUACCCCCAUAAAUAUGGUCCACAGGGGGGCUGUGCAGAUCAUUCAGUAUUUGAAAGGAUGAGGAAAUAUCAAGUGACUGGUAUAGAAGAAUUAACACAGACACCUCAAGGACAGCAGGCUGCUAAUGGGCCAGAACUUCUGAGGAAGAAACGUACAACUUUAGCAGAAAAGAACACUUGUCAGCUUUACAUCCAAACAGAUCAUCUGUUUUUUAAAUACUACGGAACACGAGAAGCUGUGAUUGCCCAGAUAUCCAGUCAUGUUAAAGCAAUCGAUACGAUUUACCAGACCACCGACUUCUCUGGAAUCCGUAACAUCAGUUUCAUGGUGAAACGCAUAAGAAUCAACACAACUGCUGAUGAGAAGGACCCAACCAACCCCUUCCGUUUCCCAAAUAUUGGCGUGGAGAAGUUUCUGGAGUUGAAUUCUGAGCAGAAUCAUGAUGACUACUGUUUGGCCUAUGUCUUCACAGACCGAGAUUUUGAUGAUGGCGUUCUUGGUUUGGCUUGGGUUGGAGCACCUUCAGGAAGCUCUGGAGGAAUAUGUGAAAAAAGCAAACUCUAUUCCGAUGGUAAGAGGAAGUCCUUAAACACUGGAAUCAUUACUGUUCAGAACUAUGGGUCCCACGUACCCCCGAAAGUCUCUCACAUUACGUUUGCUCACGAAGUUGGACACAACUUUGGCUCUCCACAUGAUUCUGGAACAGAGUGCACUCCAGGAGAAUCUAAGAAUUUAGGCCAAAAAGAAAACGGCAAUUACAUCAUGUAUGCAAGAGCAACAUCCGGGGAUAAGCUCAACAACAACAAAUUCUCACUGUGUAGUAUUAGAAAUAUAAGCCAAGUCCUUGAGAAAAAGAGGAACAACUGCUUUGUUGAGUCUGGCCAGCCUAUUUGUGGGAACGGGAUGGUGGAGCAAGGAGAGCAGUGUGACUGCGGCUACAGUGACCAGUGUAAGGAUGAGUGCUGCUACGACGCCAACCAGCCGGAGGGCAGGAAGUGCAAGCUGAAGCCUGGCAAGCAGUGCAGCCCUAGUCAAGGGCCCUGCUGCACAGCACAGUGCUCGUUCAAAGCAAAGACAGAGAAGUGUCGGGAUGACUCCGACUGUGCGAAAGAAGGGAUAUGUAAUGGCGUCACAGCUCUCUGCCCGCCCUCUGAGCCCAAACCAAACUUCACAGUCUGUAAUAGGCAAACGCAAGUGUGCCUUAAUGGGCAAUGUGCAGGGUCUAUCUGUGAGAAGCACGGCCUGGAGGAGUGCACCUGCGCCAGUUCUGACGGCAAAGAUGACAAAGAGUUAUGCCACGUCUGCUGCAUGAAGAAGAUGGAGCCAUCGACCUGUGCCAGCACAGGCUCUGUGCAGUGGAACAAAUAUUUCGUCGGCCAGACCAUCACCCUGCAGCCUGGAUCCCCGUGCAACGAUUUUAGGGGCUAUUGUGACGUUUUCAUGAGGUGCAGAUUGGUGGAUGCCGACGGUCCUCUUGCAAGGUUGAAAAAAGCAAUUUUCAGUCCAGAGCUCUAUGAAAACAUCGCUGAAUGGAUUGUGGCUCACUGGUGGGCAGUAUUGCUUAUGGGGAUUGCCCUCAUCAUGCUGAUGGCUGGAUUCAUCAAGAUUUGCAGUGUUCAUACUCCAAGUAGUAACCCAAAGUUGCCUCCUCCUAAACCCCUUCCAGGCACUUUAAAGAGGCGGCGGCCGCCUCAGCCCAUCCAGCAGCCCCAGCGCCAGAGGCCCCGGGAGAGUUAUCAGAUGGGACACAUGCGACGCUAACUGCAGCUGUUGCCUUGGUUCUUCCUAGUGCCUACAAUGGGAAAACUUCACUCCAAAGAGAAACCUGUCAAAUCAUCACCCCCAAACUAAACCCUCACAGAUAACUGUCGAAGAAAAACAAGACGAAACAAAAACAAACAAACAAACAAAAAAUGGCAAGAGAUCAUGGCCUCAGACCAGGUGGAAUUACCUUUUAAAGCCUGAGACUUCCAAUUUGGGGGUGGGGUGGGGGGCGGGAAAGGAGCCCAAUUUUCUUAUGGACAGAUAUUUUUAACCGAAUGGCACAAAGUCUUAGAAUAUUACGUGCCCCAUGUUCCCUGUUCUUCGUUGCUGCAUUUUCUUCACUUGCAGGCAGACUCGGCUCUCGAUAGACUUUUAUCACAAAUUGAAAUAUAUAUAUAUUUUUUUCAACUGCCAGUUAAGGCUAGGAGGCUCGGCCACCUCAACAUUGGAGACGUCCCUUGCCAAUGUACAUACCUUGUUAUAUGCAGACAUGUAUUUCUUACAUACACUGUACUUCUGUGUGCAAUUGUAAGCAGAAAUUGCAAUAUGGAUGUUUCUUUGUAUUAUAAAAAAAAAAAAAAAUUCCGCUCUUAAUGGGGAAAAAAAAAAUUACUGUUUAAUUGACAUACUCAGGAUAACAGAGAAUGGUGGUAUUCAGUGGUCCAGGAUUCUGUAAUGCUUUACACAGGCAGUUUUGAAGCAAGAAUCAACUUCUCUUUUCCUUACGGUGGAGUUGGUUCUGACACUCCUUUUGUCUUCAUCCAACAGCUGCUAAGAGCACAUGAGUGACUGCGCUGAGGAACCCAGUUGAGUCCUGCAAACUGGACGUCAGCAGCUUCCUCCUUCAGUUAGUUCUCUAUGUCAACGUCUAGUUUCUGCUUCCUCAUUUUACACUUUCUAAUUCAAUUCCAUUUUUUGAAUUGAUAGGUGAAUUUCUCUUCAUGCGCUGGUAGAAAUUAAUGUCAGUGAAGCGAUUUCUUUUUUAUUUGUAACCUCCUAGGUGGUCUUCAUAGAUCUAUCUAAAGUAUGCUAAUUAUGUUUUGUUUUCUUGUCUGAUCUGGAAAAGCUGCGUCUUUUAUUUUCUCAAAAUAUUUGGGCAGUUUUUUUUUUCCCCCAGCAUAUCAGCACUGAUCAUUGAUAACCACUAAAGAAGAGUAAUUCGCUCAACUAGUAGUUAAAAUUAUAGGUAGGCCUUCUGACAUCCCCCCGUCCCCAGUAUCUUAACACCAUUGAAGGUGAAACAGCACAAUGUCCCAUUCCAAGUUUAUUUUUUAAACAGAUGUACAUUAUUGGCAUUUUAGAGAAAGAAAGCAAAAGCAGAUAAUGUAUUAACAGGCUUAUUGCUAUGCAGAAAUGGAAGGGGGCAUUACAAAAAACAUUUUUAAGCUUGUGACGUAUUUAUUGCUUCUGUUUUCCAAUGACAUCACUUAAAUUAGAAGUAAACAGCUAUGAUUUUCUGGGCUUCACAUAGGAGGCAAUUUAGGGAAAGUUGAAAAGAUUUGUGUUUGGCUUUUAUUUCCUUUUUUAAUUUUUUUAUUUUUCCUUUUCUUAAGAGUAUAAGGUUUACACAAUCAUUCUCAUAAUGUGACGCAAGCCAGCAAGGCCAAAAAUGCUAGAGAAAAUAAUGGGGUCUCUUCCUUGUAAACUUGUACAGUAUGUGGUGACUUUUUUCAAAAUACAGCUUUUUGUACAUGAUUUAGAGACAAAUUUUGUACAUGAAACCCCCAGAUAAACUAUAAAUAAUUCUAAACAAACAAGUAGAUAGAGAUGUAUGUAAUUGCUUUUGAAUCAUUUCAAUGUCUUUGUUUUUGGACUGUGCAAAGGUUGGAAGUGGGUUUGCCUUUCUAAAAUGGUGACUUUUAUUCUGCAAGAGUUCUUAGUAACUUCUUGAGUGUGGUCGACUUUGGAACAUGUACCUUUUUUUUUUUUUUUUUUUUUGCUCCUUUCUUUUUUGCUUGUAAUGUUAUCCUGUGGUAGGGUUUUGGCAGUUACACACUGCCUUUAUUUUAUUUUGAGUCUAAGUUAAAUGUUUUCUGAAAAGAGAUACGUGCACUGAACUCUUUCCACUGCAAAUCAAGAUGUGGUAAAAACAAAAGGAUCAAGAUGAGUGAGUUCUAAUACUACUGUCAGUUUAAUGUCCACUGUGUUUUAUACAGUAUCUUUUUGUUCACUUUGGAAAUUUUUACUAAAAAUUGCAAAAAAAUAUUAAAGUAUUGUGCAAAGAUGUAAGGUUUUUUGAAACUUGAAAUGCAUUAAUAAAUAGACUUGAUGAAAUCAA